GCUCACGUGAGCGGCGUCACAUGACGGCGGCAGCGGCGGGGCCGGCGGGUGCGCGCUGCUGCCCGGGCUGCCCAGGGCCGCCCGCGGCCUCCUCCCGCUCUUCUUCCUUCCUUCCUUCCUUCCCUCCCUGCCUCCUUCCCGCCAGCCCUGCACGGCCUCCGCCGCCGGCACGCCCCUGCGGUACAUUUUAACUAUCAGUCAAGAUGGAUAUCCGAGGUGCUGUAGAUGCUGCUGUCCCAACAAACAUCAUCGCUGCCAAAGCUGCUGAAGUUCGGGCGAACAAAGUAAACUGGCAGUCAUAUCUCCAAGGUCAGAUGAUUUCAGGUGAAGACUGUGAAUUUAUUCAGAGAUUUGAACAGAAAAGAAAUCCAGAAGAAAAACAGGAGUUGUUGCAAACAGAAGGCAAUCAAUGUGCUAAAACAUUUAUAAACUUGAUGACUCAUAUCUCCAAGGAACAGACUGUUCAGUACAUUUUGACUAUGGUUGAUGAUAUGCUGCAAGAAAAUCAUCAGCGUGUUUGCAUCUUCUUUGAUUAUGCAAAACGUGGUAAAAACACUGCAUGGUCCUAUUUUCUGCCGAUGUUGAAUCGACAAGAUCUCUUCACUGUGCAUAUGGCAGCAAGAAUUAUUGCCAAAUUGGCUGCUUGGGGGAGGGAGCUUAUGGAAGGCAGUGACUUGAACUACUAUUUCAACUGGAUUAAAACUCAGCUUAGUUCACAGAAACUACGCGGUACAGGGGGUUCAGUGGAUACAGGAGCAGUCUCCACAAGUGAUAGUUCCCAGUAUGUUCAAUGUGUUGCUGGAUGUCUGCAGCUGAUGCUCAGGGUCAAUGAAUACCGCUUUGCUUGGGUAGAAGCAGAUGGAGUAAAUUGCAUCAUGGGUGUCUUGAGCAACAAAUGCGGUUUUCAGCUACAGUAUCAGAUGAUUUUCUGUGUAUGGCUGCUGGCGUUUAGCCCUCAGAUGUGUGAAUAUCUUCGUCGGUACAAUAUUGUGCCCGUGCUGUCGGAUAUUCUUCAGGAAUCUGUCAAAGAGAAAGUAACCAGGAUCAUCCUUGCAGCAUUUCGGAAUUUGUUAGAGAAAUCUACUGAGAGAGAAACUCGCCAAGAAUAUGCUCUUGCCAUGAUUCAGUGUAAGGUUUUAAAGCAGCUAGAGAAUUUGGAUCAGCAGAAAUAUGAUGAUGAAGACAUCAGUGAAGAUAUCAAAUUUCUACUGGACAAGCUUGGUGAGAGCGUGCAGGACCUUAGCUCCUUUGAUGAAUACAGCUCUGAACUUAAGUCAGGAAGACUGGAGUGGAGUCCCGUACACAAAUCUGAGAAGUUUUGGCGAGAGAAUGCUGUAAGACUAAAUGAGAAGAAUUAUGAACUACUCAAGAUCCUGACAAAACUUCUGGAGGUUUCUGAUGAUCCACAGGUGCUGGCUGUAGCUGCUCAUGAUGUGGGAGAAUAUGUACGACACUAUCCCCGUGGGAAACGAGUGAUUGAGCAGCUUGGUGGUAAGCAGCUGGUCAUGAACCACAUGCAUCACGAAGACCAGCAAGUUCGUUAUAAUGCACUGCUGGCUGUGCAGAAGCUGAUGGUUCACAACUGGGAAUACCUUGGGAAGCAGUUGCAGUCCGAACAACCUCAGACAGCCACUGCACGGAGCUAAGCACUUCCAUCAGUUCAUGCAGUUCGUGCUUACAAUUACAGUGUGUUUCUCUUUAAAUGAAUACAAAGGAAAUUCUGAAAUCACAUGCUCUUUGUCUGCUGCCGGUGCAUAAACAUUCCAACUUUCCUCUAGUGUUGUUGGCUUACUAAAAAUUUGUUUGUUCAACUAGUUCUACUGAUUAUGCCUAUUAGCUUCUUGUUCUAUUCUGAAUGUAUAUGAAGAAAUGUGGCUAAUAUAUUGCAUUUGUUUUAUGUAUUUAUUCUCAUAAUAAAGACUAUUAUUAAAGGAUAUCCGUUCCACAAUGGAUAUUAUAAUUAGCCUAGAAAAAUUGUUCUUUUCUUUUAGUGGCUUAUCAGUGUUUUCACUUUCCAGGAAAAGUAAGUUGUCCCCUUAUGUCUCAGACAAAUUAAUAAAGCUUGAACUUAGUGUUUCAUAGAAAGUGCAAUAGCUUAAGAAAUAUUGAUUAUCAAUACUAAAAUAUAUACCAAGUCUCAAAAGAGUUUUAAAAUUGUAUAUAAAAGCAAAUGUAUGGGUGGGGCUUUUUUUGGGGGGUGGGGUAGUUCUCUUGUUAGAAACUACAUUAAAAAAUCUGGAAAUGAGAAGAGGAAAAGAAAAUGAGCACUCCUCCAUCAGUGAAAACAUACAGGGCUAAUAAUCUUGAGGGUAUAACACCAGUGGUUAAGGCUAUAGAGCAGAGAUCAAGUUGAGGGUGUUUUUUUUUUUUUUUUAAUGUGCACUACUAAUUGCUGAAAUUGUAAUUUCAUGGAGUUUUUGGUUAUUGAAAAUACUUAUAAAUGUUAGGGUUCUCAUUUCAUUCCAAAAUCCACUGUAUUUCUUUUAUAUUAAGCUAGAUAAUUUGGCUGUCAAUAUUUUCUGUGUUUUGUAGCUUCUGACAGUAUAAAGUAUGUAAUCAAUAAAUUUAAGCUGAUCUUGGCUUGGCAUAUGAGAAUAGUUGCGUAGAUAGAAGCCGGGCUCCAGGCACUUGCAACACCAAGCAGUUAAUAUUCUUGUAUUCAUUAUUAGAUUCAUUAUUAGAAUUUAUUAUUAGAAUUCAUUAUUAGAAUUAAAAAAAGAAAAGUGAUCAUAAUUCUUAAUCUUGUCAGUGUCACUUGAGGUGCAAGUCUCUGAGGAAGCUUAGAGUACUUUAUCAUCAAGUGAAAAGACUAAUUGGGAAAACUUUCCUUAUCCAGCCUGGGUUUUCAUCGUAUGUAAUUAAAAUUUGACCAUUGUUGCAAUGGAGAGAGAAGAGAAUUAGAGGACUACAGGUUGAUGAUUUCUUGGUCUGCUUAAUUAAAAUUGAAUUGUGUAGCUUAAUGACUGUUGCUUACUUUUGCAUAUAGAAGGCUAAGGCCUUGAUAUUGUAGUCGGUAUCACAAGACUAGAUGCUGAAGCCUGAAAAGAAUUAACCCUCACUCCAACUAAAGUCAGUUUAUGUGAGUAGAUCUUAGCACUGCAUAUUCCCACAGUGCUGGGGGAUACAGGUGGUGUGGGAAGCAGCUGGGAGAGCAAGGGUGCACCUACACUGCCAUUCUUACCUUGGGUCAGUUGAAUGCUCUUGAAAUGAAUCUCUGAGUCCUCCCUGCAUUUCACACUUCAAUUUACACUGCAUGGUGGUGUCAGCCCAUGAAUGGGCUUCUUCUCCAAUCAAGCUGAAUCUCAGGAUGCACAUCUUGCAUGAUGUAUGCCACGCGGUACAUCCUGUGUGUCUUGGCUACGUGGCAAGUGUUCAGUCUACUGGACCAUGUAAGAUUUUGUUUGAAGUAUGGCCUUAGAAAUGCGUGCAGAGUGAAUGCUGAAUUAGCAACAAGGGUCUUGCUCUACAAAUCAGCUUUGUGUCACACUUGACAAUGAGAGCAGGGCCUAGACUGCUCUAAAAGAUUGGUCCUAUGGUUACAGCUGUAAUGUUGGGUCCAAGAACUAUGACAUGGCAUUAAUGAGAAAGGAAUGUCUCCCCACCUUCAAAACCAAGUGUGUUUCCUUUUGCAAAGGGAACAAUAAAGCACUGCUGGGUAAGGAGAUCAGGGAUUGAAUCGUAGAAGUAAACAGGAUGAGUACUAACACUGGAAACCUCUUCAGUUCUGGAGGAGCUAGAAAUAACCAAGUUACUCAAAAUUGGAAACAGAAUUGCUUACAGGUUGACCUAAAACAUCUGAGUAUUAUUUUCAUGUAUUAUACAAAUAAAUUCUCCUCUCCUGCUUUGCUAGUA